AUGGAUGAUUCGACGCACCCUCGCCCCUACCGGGCCCCUCGACGAGUUGCGACCGCACCGAUUCCUUUACGAGCGGCCAUGAAUGCUGGCUCUCCUGAUUCAGACAGCUUGGUCGAAACACUCUAUAACCAUCCCAAUGCCAAAAUCAUUUCCUUUACAGCCUCUGGGAGAGCUCUCUCGAGGAGCCCUGGAGGUCCCGAUGACGAACCAGGCAGCCUGUCGUGGUCCUCACAGCUGGAGAGAACCAUCGCUGUUGGUCCAUUCCGUAUCUACCGAGCCCCCGGAUCCGUCGCCUUCCUGAACUGCGGUUCUGCACUACAGCCCAUUUUGCCCAAGAGCCAGUGCUGGUGUAUCGACGAAGUGAAUAGCAAAUUCGUCUUACAGAUUCGACGACCAAAUUACUGGAGGAUAGAGCUCCCCGUGCAGGACCCCGAGGAUCAGACCCGAGCUGAGGCACUGAGGGGAGUUUUUGAUAAGAUCCUUCAGUUCGAGAAGACCGAGUGUCCCUUCAAACGUUCGUUUACGGUCGAUCUGCCCGAACGCCCCCAGACACCGGUCAUGAGGAGACCUUGGACGCCCGUGCAACGAUCGCUGCCUGUUACCCCAGCUUUUGAUUCAAUGUCUUCAGUGGGCUCUCGGCGGUCUUCUUUUGUUGGGAGAGCGACCACACCUACACCUCUGAGCAACAGGCAAUAUCCUGACUUUUCAACAAGUCCUUUAUCAAGACCUACUAGCUCGGCAUCCUGCGCAGCCUCUUAUCCUCAACUACAAGUGCCCAAGUCGAGGUCGCGGGCUCAUACCGACAGUGUACAAUCCGGCGACGAUUUUCAUACAUCCAUGUCCGGGGACGCAUCGGAGUCACGACUUCGCAAACGAUCUCCGUCUCCUGCCCUGAUGCCCUCUCGGGCUGAAAGAGCUAGUCCUAAGCCACUCGAUGCUGUGUUGGAACGGCCGGCAGAACUCGAUUCUUCGGAUCCCUUUCUGCCCAAUUCGUCAGGAACACUGUCGGAGUCACCAUCGAUCAGCGUGGCUAAGCAUGUCGAGAUGAUCGACGCUAUUCCGAGACCCCAAGUUGGCACAAAGAAAGUCGACAGAUGCCCCUCAUUCUCUAGCGAGGCCUACACAAACUCAUCCGACGGUGGAUCGCCGCAGUUCUCUGCAACCUCUGUUUCGGACGAACCAUCAGUAUACGAGCUUCAUGAAGGGUCAGGAUAUCGAGGAGGCCGUAUGAAGGCUCGACUCCGACGGACCGCUGGCUUCACAAUGUCGCGAUCAGUCACCUUGCCACCACAUUUGAUGUUGGCAAUGAAUAAACCUAAUCCAUCUGAGAAUGCUACCACCCCAAGCAAAGAGCCUGAGCAUCCAGAAGCUGCGUCGCGCAAUUCCGACAGCUCGGAUAAGGAUAACAAGCAACCUAUUGUCGAAAAGGAUGACAAGGUUGAACCCCAACAUCGACGCCGAGACAGCGAGGAGUCGUUUCACAGUGUUGAGUCCUGGCAUUCGUCCAGUGCUCCUGCACCACUAUCUCCCCUAACAUCUCAGCCGGAUUCUCCUGUUGAGGAAAUCCAUGAGGAGAGGGAGGAGCAAAAGACUACCACAUUGUUGAGCCCACUUCUCGAGACAGAUAAAGCUUUAGAAAGCGCAAGCAGCUCCGGAAUGCCAUGUGCAUGGGAGUCAGACUCAGACGAGGAGGACAAUGUUUCGGCUGCAUCUAAUUCCGCGCCAACGGCCUCAGACGGAGACUCUAGUGUUGGUGCACUACCUGGAGAUGCUAAUGGCGAAUCAACACCUCCAUCCCACUCUCAACGUCCGGCCGCGAGGCACCGGGCGACUACAAGCAGCAUCUCAGUAAGGCGACGCCCGCUAUCUCCACUGCCUUCAGCUGCGAAUCUCUUUACACCACCCACGGUGUCGACCACGGAACGAAGGACGUACAAAAGCAGACUGGAAACUGUGAAGAACCUGCCUAUGGCCAUCAUCAGCAAGACUUGCGAGAUGAUAAUUGGGCCCCCAAGCCACCUUAUCACUCUCAUGCUCAAGGUUGCGGCGAAAAUCGUUGCCGGCCAGUGGAGGGGCCUGGUGUACGGGUACGGUGACGACGGAGAGCAGAUACCCGUUCAAUGGGACUAUUCGGAAGGGGACUUUAGCGACUGGAGCGACGAUGAGCCACACAUUGGCUCCCACCACGAUCACCAUGGACACCAUGGGCAUCAUGGACAUCAUGGACACCGACGCCAUAGCAGCCACGCCAUGCACAACCAUGAGAAGGAGGAGACAGCGGCAAAGGACGUAACGGCCGAGCGACCUGAAUCCUCAGACGACAGCCGAAGCUGGGGGGUGGACUGA